AUGGACAGCCUGUUCAACCUCGCCGCGUUUGCCAUUGUUUUCGUCCCCAUCGUCUAUUGGUUCGUGGCCCGCCUCGUCCAGUCGAGAUUCCCCCAGCUACGCGGCAAACGCAUCUGCCUGCUUAUCGCCCACCCCGACGACGAAGCCAUGUUCUUCUCACCGACCGUUCUCGGUCUUACUCGUCCCGAGACAGGCAACCAUGUCAAGAUUUUGUGUUUGAGUACCGGGAACGCCGACGGUUUGGGCGAAACUAGAAGGAAAGAGCUUGUUAAGAGCGGCAUGCUGCUUGGGCUCAGGAGCGAGGACGAUAUCUUUGUCUUGGACAACCAGUACAAUCUUGAGCCAACCUCGACUUCGCCCCACGACAGACGUGACUUCCCAGACUCGAUGACUACCAAGUGGGAUCACCAAAAGAUCUCUAUCCUCCUCUGCAGCGCCGUCGCUCCCAAUCUCGCCCGCCAACGAGCGAAUCCCGACGCCGCUCCUACCUCCAGCAUUGACGUGCUUGUCACUUUCGACAACUCUGGUGUUUCCUCCCACCCGAACCACAUCUCUUUGUACCACGGUGCGCGUACAUUUAUAUCCGCCCUUGUCGAAGGGAAGAGCGAAUUCCCCUGCCCGGUGGACCUAUACACGCUGACCUCGGUGAACUUCUUCCGCAAGUACUCCUCAAUCGGUGAUGCCCUGACGACCUUGUUGCUCUGGGCGAUCGGCCCCAAGAACGACAAGGGGGGCCACCCAAAGAGCCUCUUGCUAAUGAACACUCUGUUUGGGGAGGGUGCGUCGCGGGGAACGGCCUGCAAGGCGAUGACGGAUGCGCACAAGAGCCAGAUGGUCUGGUUCCGCUACGGAUGGAUAUUCCUGAGUAGGUACAUGAUGAUUAAUGAACUCCGACUGGAGCACCUCGAACGCGCAAGCAAGUAG